GCAGUCAGACGUGACUCUUAGCCAGCCAGUAACACAGAGGUUAUUCAAUGACAGGAACACGGCGUAGGGCAGAGCUCGUUAGCACAGAAAUCAGGGACUUUCAGCCAAGUCCAGCUUGGUGGGAGGGGAGCCCAGAGCCAGAGCUGGUCCUCCCUGCACCCCAAGCCAGCCCAGACUGACUCCUUCCAGCUGCCUGGCCCAUUGCUUCUCCUCCAGCCUUUGUCUCGCCCGGGCUGGGUCUCCGGUUCAGCCAUAGCAUCCCUGCAGGCAGCUGGAGCAGCCCCCACAAGUCACACACCCCUAUUCCCACCACCUGGACAUUGGUGCAGCACACAGGGAAACUGAGGCACACAGCAUUCAUGCCAAACAGUAAGACUCACAUAGGCUCACAUACAACAUAACAAGGGAGAAUCCCCCUUCGUCACACAUGGGACGCUCACACCUUGACCACUGUGUAGAUCUGGUCGCCCCACCUCAAAGCAGAGAGACGGGACCUGGGAAAGGUUCAGCAAAGGGCACAGAAAGGAUGAGGGGACUGGAACAGCUGCUGUGUGAGGAGAGAUUAGUCAGACCGGGGCUGGUCAGCUUGGGAAAGAGACGGCUAAGGGGGAGUAUGGUAGACGGCUACAAAAUCAUGACUGGGGUGGAGAAAGUAGAUAGGGAAGUGUUAUUUACUCCUCCUCGUGACACAAGAACUAGGGGCCCCCCAAUGACAUUAGUUGGCAGCAGGUUUCAGUCAAACAAAGGAAGUAUUUCUUCUCCCAAUGCCCGGACAGCCUGGGGAACUCGGUGCCAGGGGGAUGCCAUGAAGGCCAAGGCUAUGCCAGGGUUCAACAAGGAACUAGCCACGUUCCUGGAGGAUGGGUCCAUCACUGGCUAGUAGCAGGAUGGGCAGGGAUGCAACCCCCUGCUCUGGGUGUCCCUUGAGACACAACAAAUCCUGCCUGUUGGCAGGGCUGAUGUGAUGUCCCUUGGGGCCCUGGUCGGCCGGCAGCGGCUGGGGCUGGGCGCCAAGCUGGACACUAGAUCCAUGCUCCAGAGGGGAUGGACCGAGUAGGGCGGCUCCGUCUUACGUCCCUUGUGUCCUUUCCUGGCGGGAAUUGGGCAGUAACAAGGAGUCUCCCCACAUGUGCGCCUACAAGCUGAUGACGGUGGCUGGUGGGGCCUGCAGGGCCGCAUAGAGCAAUUCAUACACAAGGUGAGGCAGAAAGGUGCAGUGCGGGGGCUGACGGCCAGAGACAAGUGACCCCUGGCCCGUGCCAGCAGGACACUGACGUGGAACCGCUGAACGUCCCUUGACAAACCGCAGGCCGGGGGGGGGCACGGAUGGGGGGGCUGUAUCGGCUCCCGAUACUAAAAACAGAAACUUGGAGAUUUUGGAGCGAGCGAAAAUGAAACCGGGCCAGGGCAAUAAAAGCCCUGGGGGACUCGGACGCUGGAUUCAUCCACCUGCCGGCCGGCCGGACAGACAGACGGCAGCGCCUGCACACCAGGAUGCGGCUGGGUGGACUCAUGCUGCUGCUCCAGGCGCUGCUGAGCUCCGGGCUCCCGGCGCUGGGGUUCCCUGCGGCCGGGCAGGGCCCCGGGUUCAACGGAGUCGCCCGCUGGGGCCGGGAAAUGCAGGCGGAAUUUGGGAGCAGCUUGAAACUUGCCAGGAAACUCCUGGUGGAGACGAAAAUCCUCACGCAACAAUUUGUGUCGGAGCGUCUGGCCGGUGCCAAGCUGCCGUUCCCCAGCCUGUCAAAGUCGGGGCUCCUGCCCCCCACGAGCCACACAGCCCAGCAGUGGCUGGCCCUGCCGGCGCUGCAGCGGCUGCGGGAGAUGAGGGGGGCGCUGGUGGCGUUUCAGGGCUACGUGGAGGUUCUGGGGCGCAGGGACCCCGGCCUGGCGCUGGGGCUGGAGGAAAUCAGCCUGGAUCUGCGGGACUUGACACACCACGUCGAUUACCAGGUGUGCGGCUCUGGCCAGCCCGCCCCCCGGCUCCCGGGGCCCCCCGCUGCCCCCCGCAUCCUGCAGCACCCCAGCGAAUGGAGCAACCUGCAGGAGUCGUACCUGGUCCUGCGCGCCAUGGAGACCUUCCUGGGCCGCGUCGUCCGGGACUUCACCCUGCUGCACAUGGGGCGGGGCUGGGCCCCCCACUGAUCCCCCCGGACCCUGCCCCCCAAAACACUAAUCCCCGGGGUGACGCUGCUGCUCCCAGAGCCGGGCAGGGAACCCAGGCGUCCGGGCUCCCAGCAGCUCCCCCAGAGCAGGGCAGGGAACCCAGGCGUCCGUGCUCCCAGCCGGCCCCCCAGAGCCGGGCAGGGAACCCAGGCGUCCGGGCUCCCAGCAGCCCCUAUGUUAAUUUAUAUGAGUGGAUUUUAAUAUAUUAUUUAUUUUUUUGCUAUUUAUUACCAAGAAACGUGGUUUUUAUUUAUUGUUUGUAAUAAAGUGACUAAUGUGAA